UGGCGAAGUAAUACAGACGAAGCAAUACAAAAUAUGUUGACUCCAGGGAGACUGGUGUUCCUGGGCCUUAUCCUGCUAUUAGGUGUCUGUUACGGUCAGCCUCCACAGUCUGAUGCUGGUACUGGAGUCAUAGCAGUUGGAGCAGCUGGUCUUCUUGGUCUUGCAGCAUCUAAUGCAGUGUUAGCUGCUCAAAAUCAAAUUCUGCGGAGGAAUUGUAAUAAAGAUUGUGUGGACGAAAAAGACGAUUGUGAGGAAAAACUGAAAAAAUGUGAAGAGGAGAAGAAGAAACUCCAGCAGGAUUUAGACGAUCGGGAAAGUGAAUUAGAAGAGGCAAAGAAAACAAUUGCAAACCAGAAUUCGACCAUACAAGGUUUAAAUCAACAAGUUGUAGAUUUAACAGAAAGAUUUAGCGUCGCUAUUGACGGUAUCGGAUUUCUUUGCGAAGAAAAGGAUACUGCUGAACAAGCGAAUUGUCUUAGAUGUUCAAGAAUUCUAGAUAACCAGACAGCUUGUGCGGCUGAAUCGUCAGGCAUGGCCCCUCUCUGUAGAUUUGACCCAACGAAGAGGUUAUGUAUAAGACAAUAAUAAGAGAUAUAUACUUCAUGUACCCUGGAGGAGAUUCAUUAUUUACCUUUUAAAAAAGGAAUAAAGAGAAAGAGAUA